AUGGCCACCGGGAUGGCACCAGCUCCGCUCUCGCACGUCAAGGUCCGCGGCGGAGGCAUCGGCUUUACCAAGAGCGUCGACUUCGCCAAGGUCCUCUCCGUCCCGGGUGCGCUGAGGACGGGGUCCUCCAGAGGCAGGGCCCUCGUGGUGAGGAGCUCAAGUACAGAGUCUGAUACUAUGGAGCUCGAGCCGGCCUCCGAAGGAAGCCCGCUUCUUGUUCCCAGGCAGAAGUACUGCGAAUCUAUUCACCAAACAAGGAGGAGAAAAACACGCACUGUGAUGGUCGGGAACGUGGCACUUGGCAGUGAUCACCCCAUAAGGAUACAGACUAUGACUACCUCAGAUACCAAGGAUGUUGCCAAGACCGUGGAAGAGGUGAUGAGGAUAGCAGAUAAAGGCGCUGAUUUUGUUAGAAUAACCGUCCAGGGUAAAAAGGAGGCUGAUGCCUGCUUUGAGAUUAAGAACACUCUUGUCCAGAAGAAUUACAACAUCCCUCUUGUGGCUGAUAUUCAUUUUGCGCCCCCAGUAGCUUUAAGAGUGGCCGAAUGCUUUGACAAAAUCCGUGUUAACCCAGGAAACUUCGCCGAUCGCCGUGCCCAAUUUGAGAAGCUGGAAUAUACUGAAGACGAUUACGAAAAGGAGCUUGAACAUAUUGAGAAGGUCAAAACUUUAUUCAAUCUCUUGCUGCUGCUUCAAUCCGUACGAACAUAUCAUGUGUCAUCUUACUUGCGCGCCGCUGUAAUAUCAUUUCAGGUCUUUUCUCCAUUGGUUGAGAAAUGCAAGAAGUAUGGAAGAGCCAUGCGUAUUGGAACAAAUCAUGGUAGUCUUUCUGACCGGAUAAUGAGCUACUAUGGUGAUUCUCCAAGGGGAAUGGUUGAGUCUGCUUUGGAAUUUGCUAGGAUCUGUCGGAAUUUGGACUUCCAUAACUUUGUAUUUUCAAUGAAAGCAAGUAACCCUGUUGUCAUGGUCCAAGCAUAUCGCCUGCUUGUGGCGGAAAUGUAUAACCUUGGAUGGGAUUAUCCUUUGCACUUGGGAGUUACCGAAGCUGGUGAGGGUGAAGAUGGGAGGAUGAAGUCUGCUAUUGGCAUCGGAACACUUUUGAUGGAUGGCUUGGGUGAUACAAUCCGUGUAUCCCUCACAGAACCACCAGAGGAAGAAAUUGAUCCUUGCAGGAGACUCGCAAAUCUUGGAACUCAGGCUGCAAACCUACAAAUAGGGGUGGCCCCAUUUGAAGAAAAACAUAGGCGUUAUUUUGAUUUCCAGCGUAGAAGUGGCCAGUUGCCUUUGCAGAAGGAGGGUGAGGCAGUAGAUUACAGAGGUGUCCUUCAUCGUGAUGGCUCUGUUCUGAUGUCAGUUUCCUUAGAUCAGUUGAAGGCUCCUGAGCUCCUUUAUAGGUCUCUUGCUGCGAAGCUUGUGGUUGGCAUGCCUUUCAAGGAUUUGGCAACUGUAGAUUCAAUUCUUUUGAGAGAACUGCCCCCUGUAGAAGAUGCUGAAGCAAGACUUGCACUCAAAAGAUUAGUUGACAUCAGCAUGGGCGUGUUGACUCCCUUAUCAGAGCAAUUAACAAAGCCACUCCCACAUGCAAUUGUGCUUGUCACCCUCGAUGAACUAUCAAGUGAUGCAAAGAAGCUUUUGCCAGAAGGCACUAGAUUUGCUGUCACUCUUCGUGGAGAUGAAUCAUAUGAGCAGCUAGAUGUUCUUAAGAGUGUUGAUAAUAUAACGAUGUUGUUACAUAAUGUUCCAUAUGGUGAAGAGAAGACUGGUAGAGUACAUGCUGCUAGGAGGCUGUUUGAGUACUUAGAGACCAGUGGUUUGAACUUUCCUGUGAUCCAUCACAUUGAUUUCCCUAAAAGCAUCGAUAGAGAUGGUCUUGUUAUUGGUGCUGGGAGCAAUGUUGGUGCUCUUCUAGUUGAUGGUCUGGGUGAUGGUGUGCUUCUUGAAGCUGGUAACCAGGAGUUUGAAUUCUUGAGGGAUACAUCCUUCAACUUGCUACAGGGUUGCCGGAUGCGCAACACAAAAACUGAAUAUGUCUCUUGUCCUUCUUGUGGGCGAACGCUCUUCGACCUCCAAGAAAUCAGUGCUCAGAUUAGAGAGAAGACCUCUCAUUUGCCUGGCGUCUCUAUUGCUAUUAUGGGUUGCAUUGUUAAUGGGCCAGGAGAGAUGGCUGAUGCCGACUUUGGAUAUGUUGGAGGUGCCCCUGGAAAGAUCGACCUUUAUGUUGGGAAGACUGUUGUGCAACGGGGAAUUGCAAUGGAGGGUGCCACUGAAGCCUUGAUUCAGCUAAUCAAGGACCAUGGCCGUUGGGUGGAUCCUCCUACUGAGGAGUAG